AUGCCUGCAGACCUGCUCGCCCUGGACCGCGACUCCCUGUUGCGGGUUCUCGCCCUAUGCUCGGUCCAAGACGUGCUGGCGCUGGCCUGCUGCAACAAGGAACUGAGCCAGCUCCUCAAGGAUGAUGAUUUGUGGCAGAUGCUGGCAGAGCAGAAGUGGGGACACCACGUGAGGAGCCUGGCGCAGGUGGCGCCGGGCGGCUGGGCGGCAUGGACGCGCCACCGCCUGGCGGCCAGCAGCCAGCCGGUCUCUCCCCUCAACCUCGUGCAGGAGCAGUACCAGGCCUGCCCCUUCCAGCACAUUGCCGCCUGCCUGCUGUGCACGCGCACCACGGGCGGCACCGCGGUGCGCCACGCCAUCCGCCGCUUCCUGGACCACUGGCCCACCCCCUCGGCGGUGAUUGAUGCCAGCGACGACAGCAUGCUGGAGGUGCUGCAGCCGCUGGGCCUGCAGGCGGUGAGGCUGCAGGCGGUGUGGGGACUGGCCCACGACUUCCUGGCAGCCGACUGGCAGUCGCCGUCUGACUUCAAGCACUGCGGCCCCUUUGUAGCCGACUCGUGGCGCAUCUUCUGCCGCGGCGGCGGCAGCCUGGCGGGCGUGGGCGACAAGAACCUGCAGAGGUACCUGCGCUGGCGGCUGCACGGCAAGGUGGAGGAGGCUGGGAAGCGGGAGAGGGCGGCGGGCAGCCGCAAGCGCCGGGCCUCGCCGCCCGCAGAGGCGGGCACGCUGCGGAGCGGGCGACGCAGGAACGGCACGGCGGGCGGCAGCGGUGGGGGGGGAGCGCAGGCCUCGCCGCCAGGGCAGCGCCGCAUGACCCGGGCAGCGGGGCCCAGUGGCACCGGCGCUGCCACCUCUGCUCCCAAGGCAGCCAGGGGUCGGAGGAGCUGA